CCCGCGCUCCGUCGCCAACUCGGAGCCCCGGCGCGGCGGGCGGCGGACAGCAUGCUGAGCCUCCUCGUCUGGAUCCUCACUCUCUCCGACACUUUCUCCCAAGGGACCCAGACCCGCUUCAGCCAGGAGCCGGCCGACCAGACUGUGGUGGCAGGACAGCGGGCCGUGCUCCCCUGCGUGCUGCUCAACUACUCGGGCAUCGUGCAAUGGACCAAGGAUGGGCUGGCGCUGGGCAUGGGCCAGGGCCUCAAAGCCUGGCCGCGGUACCGGGUCGUGGGCUCUGCGGAGGCCGGGCAGUACAACCUGGAGAUCACGGACGCCGAGCUGUCUGAUGACGCCUCCUACGAGUGCCAGGCCACGGAGGCCGCCCUGCGCUCGCGGCGGGCCAAGCUCACCGUGCUCAUCCCCCCAGAGGACACCAGGAUUGACGGCGGCCCUGUGAUCCUGCUGCAAGCAGGCACCCCCCACAACCUCACAUGCCGAGCUUUCAACGCCAAGCCGGCCGCCACCAUCGUCUGGUUCCGGGACGGGACACAGCAGGAGGGCGCUGUGACCAGCACGGAACUGCUGAAGGAUGGGAAGAGGGAGACCACCAUCAGCCAGUUGCUCAUUAACCCCACAGACCUGGACAUUGGGCGUGUCUUCACCUGCCGCAGCGUGAACGAGGCCACCCCGACUGGCAAGGAGACUUCCAUCGAGCUCGACGUGCACCACCCUCCCACGGUGACCCUGUCCAUUGAGCCACAGACGGUACAGGAGGGGGAGCGCGUUGUCUUCACUUGCCAGGCCACAGCCAACCCCGAGAUCCUGGGCUACAGGUGGGCCAAGGGCGGCUUCUUGAUUGAAGAUGCCCACGAGAGUCGCUAUGAGACAAAUGUCGACUAUUCCUUCUUCACGGAGCCUGUGUCCUGUGAGGUUCACAACAAAGUGGGGAGCACCAAUGUCAGCACCUUAGUGAACGUUCACUUUGCCCCCCGGAUCGUAGUUGACCCCAAACCCACGACCACAGAUAUUGGCUCUGAUGUGACCCUCACCUGUGUCUGGGUGGGGAAUCCCCCCCUCACCCUCACCUGGACCAAAAAGGAUUCAAACAUGGUCCUGAGUAACAGCAACCAGCUGCUGUUGAAGUCAGUGACCCAGGCCGAUGCGGGCACGUACACCUGCCGGGCCAUCGUGCCUCGGAUCGGUGUGGCCGAGAGGGAGGUGCCGCUUUACGUGAACGGGCCCCCCAUUAUCUCCAGCGAGGCGGUGCAGUACGCUGUCAGGGGUGACGGGGGCAAGGUGGAGUGUUUCAUCGGGAGCACGCCGCCCCCAGACCGCAUUGCCUGGGCAUGGAAGGAGAACUUCCUGGAGGUGGGGACCCUGGAGCGCUACACGGUGGAGAGGACCAACUCGGGCAGUGGGGUGCUGUCCACGCUCACCAUCAACAAUGUCAUGGAGGCAGACUUUCAGACGCAUUACAAUUGCACAGCUUGGAACAGCUUUGGGCCCGGCACAGCCAUCAUCCAGCUGGAAGAGCGAGAGGUGCUGCCCGUGGGCAUCAUUGCCGGGGCCACCAUCGGUUCGGGCGUCCUGCUCACAUUCUUCUUCAUCGCCUUGGUGUUCUUCCUCUACCGCCGCCGCAAAGGCAGUCGCAAGGACGUGACCCUGAGGAAGCUGGACAUCAAGGUGGAGACUGUGAACCGCGAGCCACUUACAAUGCAUUCAGACCGGGAGGAUGAUACAGCCAGCGUGUCCACUGCAACUCGGGUCAUGAAGGCCAUCUACUCGUCCUUCAAGGACGACGUGGACCUGAAGCAGGACCUGCGCUGCGACGCCAUGGACACGCGGGAGGAGUACGAGAUGAAGGACCCCACCAACGGCUACUACAACGUGCGCGCCCACGAGGACCGGCCGGCAUCGCGGGCCGUGCUCUACGCGGACUACCGCGCCCCCGGGCCCGCGCGCUUCGACGGGCGCCCGGCCUCGCGCCUCUCGCACUCGAGCGGCUACGCGCAGCUCAGCUCGUACAGCCGCGCCCCCGCGUCCGACUUCGGCCCCGAGCCCGCCGCCCCCGGGCCCGCAGCCCCCGCCGGCGCCGACUCGGCCGGCACGUUGUCCUAUGAGAACUACGACAAGUUCAACCCGCACCCCUUCCCCGCGGCGGCGGGCUACCCCACCUACCGACUGGGCUACCCCCAGGCGCCGCCGUCCGGCCUGGAGCGGACCCCGUUCGAGGCGUACGACCCGAUCGGCAAGUACGCCACGGCCACCCGCUUCUCCUACACCUCGCAGCACUCGGACUACGGGCAGCGGUUCCAGCAGCGCAUGCAGACUCACGUGUAGGCCUGGAGCCCGGCCGGGGCGCCUCUGCGGGGCAGAGGACGAGGCUCUCACAGCCGUUCCCUGAUAUUCAGGGGCGUUGCGCGUCGCUCCCGGCCCGGACCAGCCUUCCUCCGCCGCCGCCGCCGCCGCAGCUGCGGCAGGUGGGGAGCAGGUCUCCCGGAAACACCCCGUCCCGAGGAUGGUGCUCUGUGCAUGCCCCAGCCUCCUGGGCCUGCCCUUCUCUCUUCUUCGGGAGGACGUGUCUCUUCUGACCUGUGCUCUCGCCUGGCCCCAGCACGGGAACAGGGAAGCGAAGGUUGUGGAGAGCAGAGGGGGCACUUUUUAGCAUUCCCAUUCUGCCCCACCCCUUUGGUCUCCCCUAAGUGGACAGGGAUGUGUGACGAUGAGCAGGCGUUGGCCUAGGGGGACACGCAGUGGCGGGUGGGGGUGGCCCAGGCACAGGUAUGUGGAAACACAUUUGCCUGGCCAGCCCCUCUGUCCUCUGCAUUCACACCCCGGCAGCAUCCUUCCUUCCGCGACUGCAGAAGGGACCUUGGAUUGAUUUUAGCUGUCCCCAGAACAGCCCUGGCACUGAGUUCAGAUCCGGC